AUGAUCACAAUCAUCCACAUCACUCUGACUCUCAGCACCUCAGGUCUGUCGAUUUGUGCCAAGAGAUUAGCAUGCCUCCUCUCUCUCCUUGCCUCCUUUAUCCUUCUUCUCUGCUCUGGGGAGAAAACAUGUCCCUACAGCUGCCGCUGUGAGGGUAAAAUCGUCCAUUGUGACUCAGCAUCUUUCAUCGAUGUCCCAGAGAACAUUUCAGUAACUUGCCAGGGUUUGUCUCUACGAAACAAUGAAUUGCACACAAUGCUCCCUUACCAGUUUGCCCACCUGAACCAGCUACUCUGGCUGUACUUGGACCACAAUCAGAUCUCAUUUGUAGAUAGCCGUGCUUUCCAGGGUAUCCGACGGCUAAAGGAGUUGGUGUUAAGCACCAACAGGAUCUCACAGCUACACAAUGCUACAUUCCACGGUGUGCCAAAUCUUCGCAGCCUGGACCUGUCCUAUAACAAACUCCAGGAAUUGCAGCCAGGUCAGUUCCAUGGUCUUCGAAAGCUACAAAAUCUGCAUCUACGCUCCAACGGACUCACAGCAAUUCCUGUUCGGGCUUUUAUAGAGUGCAGAAGCUUGGAGUUUCUGGAUCUGGGGUACAAUCGACUUCGGGUCCUCACACGAACCACAUUCUUGGGUUUAUCUCGGCUAAUGGAACUGCACUUGGAGCACAAUCAAUUCUCUCGGAUCAACUUCUUCCUUUUUCCACGUCUUGCAAAUCUCCGUGGGUUGUACCUCCAGUGGAAUCGUAUUCGAGCAAUUAACCAAGGCCUCCCCUGGAUGUGGUAUACCUUACAGAAGCUGGACCUAUCUGGCAAUGAAAUCCAAAGUCUGGAUCCUGUGGUUUUUCAGUGCUUGCCAAAUCUUCAGGUUCUUAACUUGGAGUCUAACAAGCUUGCUAAUGUGUCCCAUGAGACAGUGGCAGCCUGGAUUUCCCUCUCAACAAUCAGCCUGGCUGGGAAUGUCUGGGAUUGUGGGCCGGGUAUUUGUCCUCUUGUCGCCUGGUUAAAGAAUUUUCGUGGAACUAAAGACACAAGUAUCAUUUGCAGCAGCCCUAAACAUCUUCAAGGGGAAAAGGUUAUGGAGGCAACAAAAAAUUAUAUAGAUUGUGAAGAUUUUGAACUCAUCCCCCAAACACCAUUUCCUCACCACACUUGGGAGUCAAGUAUGGAAACUACCCCUGAACCAUUCUUGCCUUUGACAACUCCCGAACUACCCCUGCCUCCCGCCACCUCUGAACCACCCAUCCCACCAUUGUUUGCUCAACCUCUUCCUCAUCCUACUAUCCCUGAAACCAACCCCAGAGACACUCCUCCGAAUACGCCACCACCGUCCAACAGCCUGCUCGUGACACUGUCUCCAGAACAAGAGGACUUAUCCUUCCAUAAGAUUGUGGUUGGUGCUGUGGCACUUUUCUUUACGACAUCACUCAUCUUGACUGUGAUAUAUGUCUCCUGUAGACGGUAUCCUGGCGCCACAAGGCUGUUGCAACAGCGCUCCGUGGUUGGACGGAAACGACGGAAAAAGAGUCCUGAGCCAGAACAGAACCUGAGCUCCCAACUGCAGGAAUAUUACAUGAGCUACAACCCUGCUGCCACGCCAGACGCCAUGGAUGUACUGGCCAAUGGGACUGGUACUUGCACAUGUACCAUAUCCGGCUCCAGGGAAUGUGAGAAUGAAUAUGUGUGUCCCAGACCGCUGCCUCGAGCCUGGAUCGGAGAUGUUCCUACAAUUCACUAGCCAGACUUCUGUCUCCACUUUACUGACUGCAACAGGGUUCCUGUAAAGAAUUUCCAUUGCAUCGCAUCGCAUCACACUUCAGCCAUUUCCUUUUAUUUGGAUUGUAGGAGUGUAUCAAAGGUGCGAGCGAGUGAACGAGUUGUCCCUUGCUGUGAAAUAAUUUUGUAUUAUAAUGCUCAAGACAGAUUUUUGCAGAAAAAAUUAUUUUAAUCGCCUACCAUUU